AUGGCCCUGAGCGCCGCUCUCCGUGCAAGCUUUGGCUUCCUACUUGACCGCCAUCACAAUGUACCACUCCCCCACACCAACAUCCACCUCACUCCCGCCAACGCACUUCAGUCUCUCUUUCGUCGCCAAAGAGACCUCUCACUUCCUAUAACACCAGUAGCCAUUCUUCCUUUCAUGCUCCAAUUCGAACAUCUUCAAGCUCUUCUUUGCGCUUGGACGCUUCUCGCCAUCCUCCUCCUCUUCGCCUUCUGGACCAAUCCGAGUGAGGCCUCUUUCAGGCCCUUCCUUACAGACCUUGUCUUCCGCCAGCGCCUCAGACUCCUCGAUGACCAAGAUGCCGUGCAUAGCUCUCAUGUCCAGAGCGACAAUCUCGCAGAUACAGCCUCCAAGCACAUCCUAUCCGCUCGCAAAUCCGACUCCAAUGCCUUUUCCUCGUUGCUCUCUACCGCUUCCUACUCUUCUCGCCCAUUCGCUCUCACUUUCCGUUCCAAAGUUGCUCUUUCCCUCCGCACUCCGCCCUUCCAUCGCAAAGAUCUUGGCUUGCUCUCCAUAGUCACCAUCUCCCAGAGCAUGCCCAGUCACUCCCUUUAUGACCAACAAAGAACAUCUCAGCAGAACAGGCCCCAUGCGCCUCCCUCUGGUAAUGUCGACCGUUCCAUCGAUUGCACAUCCCUCUUCAUUGGAGCUUUCGGCAAGUGGUGGCUUCUGGCCUUUGGUAUCCCCGAUCUGCCAAGUGCAAGGUCGCAGAUCCCUCAGCAGUCAACAAAGGCCGGUCGCGAGGAGUUGGAAGAAAACUUGUCCGACAUCGCUGAUUGGGGCCUACUAGAGAUGCGUGCCCUUGACCCCGAGCCUCAAUCGCGACGCAAUUCAAACUUUGCACUCAACACCAUCGCAGAUCAAGCUACCGCUCAGCCACUACCGCGGCAUGCGCCUAGCAUCGAUCUCACCGCUCACCCCGGAACAACAGCAUCCUCUACAAAUAACCAUCUCAAUCUCGAUACGGAAAACGAGGAUUGUCUCAGUAUUACCGCCUUGGUAUCUCGCUCUCAAAGCGAGAUUGUCGAUCUUCAGGAACAGCUAGCCUCUGUCAAAAGUGCCUCCACCCGUGCUUGCGAAGCGCUCGAGCUUGACCUUGAGCAGGUCCGAGCCAAGAAGAAGGAAGAGGAAAGACUCAGAUCCGAUAUCAAGACAAGGACAAAGGCUUUAGACGACAGUAAGAGGCAGGUUGAAAGCAGUCGACGUGAGGCAGAGAGGAGACUCAAAGCUGCCAACACAUCUCGCGCUCUCAAGCAGGCCAGUAUUCAGCAAAGCAAGGACCAGAUGGAAAUGCUUAACAAAAGACAUACCAUCAUUAUCAACAAGAAAUCCACCAACGCUGAGAAGAGACUUGAACGAUCCCAGCAGCUCUCGGCACUCAUCAGCCAAGUUAAGGAGAAGGCUGAGAAGCUACGCGGUGAGAUUGAUGGAUUGCGUCAGCAAGUGCAAGCCGCUCAGCAUCAACUGCAGUUCGAGAAGAACAAUGCUCGCUAUGCUCAACAAGCCGACUUUUCCCGCGAUUACCCUCGAGCCGAGCCGCAGCCGCAGCCGUUCAUGUGGAAUCCUGCAAUCCAUCCCACCCAGCUGAAUGGACACGAAGCGAUGUAUGCUCACUUGGCCGCAGCACAAGAUCCUCUCGUAGAUUCUUUGGCUCGAAUGGAGGAGCAGCGUGCGUUAGCUGGAAAGCGUUUCAGCUCGAGCCCAUUCGAUGGCGAUGCUGCCCUCUCGAUCAACAAGUUGCCCAACGCCCACACGGAUGCAUAUGCCGACCUUGGUACCAGUGUGUUACGCAACGCUUUCCGUCGUGCCAACGCCGCUGCUGUAACAGACGUCCGGGAGAUGAUGCCCACUGCCUCCCAAGGCCUGGCUAAUCCUUCUCUACAAAAUGCAUCCAACUUCGAGGCGAUCAAGCAGGCUUUUCAGCCGACUGUCGCCACCGAGGAAGACGGCCGACAAUCAUGGUCCGCCUUCGAUGUCUGGCAGUCUGAUCUGCGUAAUGGCAGCGAUCGACAAAAGAUGCAAUGGUCUUCUGGUGGCGCAAAUGCUAGUGCCGACUCUUUGCCCCAUUUCAACGCUAGCAGCGCAUUCCUGCCUCUUGAUCGAAGUAACAGUGCUGAGCAAAUGCCUUUCUACAAUCUUCCAGGCCAGGCCGACUCAGAGCAAAUGCGCAACAUGUCCAAGGUCAAGAGGGCUUUCCGUUGGCCCUUCAGACCCAGUCAGGUGCAGGAUGACCUGGUCUAG